UUUCCAGCUUUCUUAGCUUUCCUGACACAGUUAUUACGUAACUGAUUGACUAAUUUAGGAAGUUUAGGAAAAAGUCAUGUGUAAAGAGACAUAAAUAGUAGACCACUGCAGCACAUUACCCAGGAAGGUAAAGUGAGUAAUGUUUACGAUGGAGAGAACCGAUGUUCUGGUUAUUGUUGUUGCUCUGAUGCUGGGUCAGAACAGCCUGCAAGCUGAGGUGUCUCUGAAAACUCUGGACUGCUCCGCUGAAAUGAAGGAGGUCAGAGACCUCCUGUAUCAGCAGGGGACCGCCCUGGCUGAGCUCAAGGUGAAGCUGAGCUACUCGGAGAAAGAGCACACAGCUUUGGAGAACAGAAUUGCAGGACUUGAGAAACAAAAAGAGGAUCUGAAAAGACAGAAUGCAGAUCAAGCAAGUGUGUUGUCAGCUGUGAAGACUGAGCUGCAAAAUGUGAGGAAUGAGAUUACAGGACAAACAAAGGUGGCUUUCUCAGCAGGAUUACCUGUAGGACAGAUGGGCCCUUUUAACACCGACACAACACUGAUCUACAAUAAAGUCCUGACUAAUGUUGGAGGUGCCUACAACCAAUAUACAGGCAUUUUCACGGCUCCAGUCCGAGGGGUCUACUACAUCAGAUUCACUGCAGCGGCGUACAACAGCAACAGCUACAACAUGGGGCUGCAUCUGUACAAGAACAAUCAGCAUCUGUUGCAUUUGGGUGAAUACGACAGUGACGGCAGGGCUAGACAUGUCUCGUGCGGUUUAGCUCUGGAGCUUGAAGCCGGAGAUACAGUCUACACCCGCCUCCUCGCAAAUUACUCUCUUUAUGACGAUGCUCUUCUCCGCAAUACCUUCAGUGGCUUCCUCCUCUUCAGCAUGUAAAUGCUGCAGAGGCCUAUUAUAUUUCAGCAGCAAAUGAAAUGAUCUUAAAUCUAGUCCACAUUCAUUCUAUUUCUCAUGCUGAGAUUUUUGUAAGAAAUUUAAUUUAGCUAAUUAUCUGCUAAUCUUUCCACAGUGGAAUGAGAUUUCCGAUAGAUUUAAGUGACUUCAAAUAGUUAUAAAAAUGUUAAAGUUUAUUUAAUGCUGUUUCACAGAUUGUUGUUGUUGUUGUAACCAAGUGAACAAAUCCUAUGAUGUUUUUUAGUUUUUAGGUACUGAAUUUGCUGGUGAAUAAGUGAAUGCAUCAACCUUUUAUACAAGCCUAAUAUUACACAGUACAGGCCAAAAGUUUGGACACA